GGGUGAUAUUUCUCUGAUCUCCUUCUCUCUUACUUGUCUCUUAUUUUACUCCUUUCGGAUUUAAUUUACUGUUGUCUGACUGAAUGGCGGCCCCGGUUCCUAGGGGUGCUUUCUUCAACUGUGGUCAACAUGGCCACUGGUCGAGGGAAUGUCCACAUAGGGCUGUUAACAAACGACAUACGGUGGAUACGGGAGCUAAUGCGGAGCCUAUUCUGGCAUUACCGGCGGCAGGAGCUGCGACUACUGCUUCUGCAUCAGCAUCGACUACAACUUAUCAGGCGCCACGAACAGGGUGGUGGUCGAGGAAUCAGCAGAUUCUGGACAAGUGUAAUGACUUUGUCAGCAGGGCUCAACAGAAAGAAAGAGACCAACUGGAGGCUGAAGAACAAGGGAAGAGAAGACUCGAGGAAGAAGAACAGGCUGCUCGGGUCAAGAAAGAGCGUGAAGAGUUUGAGGAACGAGUGGGACAGAGGUUGGAGGGACGGCUUGCCAGUAUGUGUGAGACACUCAUGGGCAAACGAGCUGACAAUGCAAGAACCAGCACUGAUAAUGAUGAGGUGUCUCGCUUACGUCGCGAAAAUGAGGAUCUACAUGCUAAGUACGGUAUCAAGGAGGCGCUGCCGUCGACGGGGCUCGUUGACAGUCUUCAAAGAGAAAAUGCUGAGUUGAAAAGGCAGGAGGCACUGUUAAAACAACAAAUGGAGGGUGACUUGGCUGCACUGAGAUGGGAGAUAAAGGACUUGAAGGAGAACCGAGAGAUCAUGGGUAAGGGUGAACUUACUAAGCAAAUUGAAGACCUGCGAUCAGAGAUGGAGGCGCUUCGGAAGCGCAAUGAGGCUGCUGAGGUGUCGGCCGGGCAAUGGCGGAGCGAAGCUUUAAGACCGGGCAAUAAACGUGGAAGUAUUAACAUCUCGACCCCCGUCAGUGAAGGGCGGGCCGGGGCGCGCUCCAAAACCACAACGGCAACUGACGUUACAAAGAGACUACGUGAGGAGAUCGAGGAUUUGCAAGAGCUACGAAGAUGUGACAAGACCGAGGUGGACAUGUUGAAGGAGAGGAGGGCACUGGCUGAAGCAAGAAGAGCGGACGCUGAGGCAGAGAUCGCGCGGCUGAGAGAAAAAAUGAAGCUGCUAUCUACUGAAGAAGUUGGUUGUGGCACACCCAAGGAGCAUGGGACGAAUCUGAAGGACAAAAUGGAGGAGGCUGCUAAGACAGGUUUCAAAACGGGAAGAAAGGGAAGAGUGAAGAUGACGCCUGGUAGGCUGCCUCGACCCGAUGGAGUUUCCAAAAGUGUCAACGACAAGUUUGUUUUUCUUCAGGAUGAAAGGAAGCGAAUGAAGGCCCUGAAGAAGACUGGUUUGGAAUUGCUGUGCCAAGAGGAAGGUAUCAAGUACAAGACCAUCGAAGUUACCGUUGAGGAAUUGGCACAGCUAUACGCAGAAGGGGCAUUCGGUGGAAGCAGUGAAACCGGUGAGAGGAUUAAUUCCGGACAACGUCCAGGUAAGGCUAUUUCGGCUGAUAGUGAUGUCGCAGUGGUGGAAGAAGUCCCGUCAGACUCGGCUUGAUGGGACUCCAAAACGCGAGC